AUGUCCUCCAAGCCCUCUACAGCCUCAACUUUUAAAGUACACGGACCGUUAAGACUAACCUCUCCCCGCCAGCAACCUCGUCCGACCCCCUAUAACCAGGGCUAUCUGCCUAACGGCGCUAGCGGCCCGGUUCCUGGCGCCACCCCUCUGCUUCCGAACCAAGGCCGUGUUAUCCAGAGCGGUCCCAUCAGAGUACUCUGCAUUGCCGAUGUGCGAGGCAACCUCCGCUCCCUCAACGACCUCGCCCGCUCGGCUCGUGCGGACUACAUCAUCCACACCGGCGAUUUCGGCUUCUACGACGAGACAUCCCUCGAGCGCAUUGCUGAAAAGACCUUGAAGCAUGUCGCCCAAUACUCCCCCCUCAUCGCGGACGCCACCAAGAAGGCCAUCGUGCAAGGCGCCCAGGGCACUGUAAAGGGCCGGUUUCCGCCAAGCGAACUGCCGCUAUCGGAACUGCCACAACUUAUCAGGGGAGAGCUGAAGCUCGAGGUACCCGUCUACACGGUAUGGGGCGCCUGUGAGGAUGUGCGGGUGCUGGAGAAGUUCCGAUCCAAGGAGUACAAGGUUCCCAACCUUUUCAUCAUCGACGAGGCACAGUCUAUGUUGCUGGAAAUUGGCGGUGUGAAGCUCCGGCUUCUCGGAUUGGGCGGCGCCGUCGUUAUGCACAAGCUCUUUGACAACGGCGAGGGACGGACGACGAUUGCUGGCGGCCAGGGUACCAUGUGGACAACUUUGUUGCAGAUGGGCGAACUCGUUGACACGGCAAACCGCGUUUACGAUCCCACCGAGACUCGCAUCUUCAUUACGCACGCGUCCCCCGCGCGCGAGGGCAUCCUGAACCAACUGUCGGUGACUCUGAAAGCCGACUUCUCCAUCUCCGCCGGGUUGCAUUUCAGGUAUGGAAGCUCGUACAACGAGUUCAGUGUUAACCCUACCCUGGAUCAUUACCGCGGCAAGCUCGCCGCCUCCAAGGCGUCCUUCAACGAUGUUUGGGACACGGUCAAGGCUGAAGUCGAGCCGGCGAUCAGCCAAGUUGAAGCCCAACAGACCCUGUUGAAAAAUGCUCUGGCAGUGGUUGAGAAGAUGCCUACCACUGCGGCAGGUGGGAACCCAUUUGGCGGCACGCCUGCGGGCCAGUCUCCCGCAGCGCUCGGCCAAAUUGACGAGAGCGCCUUCAAAAACAUGUGGAACUUCAACCUCGCAGAUGCUGCCUUUGGCUGGCUUGUCCUAGAAAUCCAGGACGGCAGAAUAGGAACCGAGAUGAGGGCUCAGGGAUUCAACUUCUCUCACCGUGGCGCGAAGCAGCAGCCUGGUGUCCAACCUGCACCCAUCGCUUCCGGCAGCAGCCCGGUCAUCCACACAGGCCCUUCUGCACCGCCGGCCGCCAGUCCCGUCACCCAGCCGAAGGUCGCCGCCCCUGUGCCCGCACCAGCCCCCGCACAAACGAAGCCAGCCACGCCCCAGCCCCCGCCGGCUGCUUCACCGGCGCCUCGGGAGGAGAAAGCGGCACCGGCUUCCGCCAACGGCGCUGCCAGCGCACCCGAUGCAGCCCCAGCCCCCAAGAAUCCGGCUGACAACAUCAUCGGUCUCUUCGUUAUGAACGCACAGAGCGAUGACCAAGUCAGAGACUUGUUCUCCGAAGAGGAUAAGCCCAAGAUCACCAAAAUUGAACGGUGGGGCGUUAACAACAAGGUGGCCCAGUUCAAAACGGUCGAAGACCGGGACGCUGCCAUGGAGCGUCUUCCCGACGACGUCAAGAAUCGCCCCUCUGGUCAGGAGGACCGCUCCAGGCCGCUAGUCAAGAUCUUCUCGCCUCCUCCGCCGCGCCAGCAAUUCUCACGUGGUGGCGCUGGCAACUGGGGUAGUAGCCGUGGCGGCAGAGAUGGCAGCAACUCGCAGAGCGGCUACCGCAGUGCCGGCGGCGGAGGUGCUAGUGACAGCGAAGGUGCCGGGCGCCGCGGUGGCCGCGGUGGCCGUGGCGGUCGCGGCGGCGAGCGUGGGCGGGGAAGGGGCCCGCGAGGCGGCGCCAAGAAUGAGGGCGCUGGGUCUGCUCCUCCGGUUGACUCCUAG